GACUGAUUGAAGUAAGUACUGUAGUUACAAUAAGCAGUUACGGCCCGCACGCGAGGCGCCUUCCUAUCUGAGAACGGACUCGGGACUGCAUCGUACUGAGCAUAAAGAAAGCGGAACACCCCAGGGCUGUCAGAAUGUCAUACCCAGGCUAUCCACCAUCUGGCUUUCCUCCUUCCUAUCCUGGAUAUCCUCCUCAGGGUAGUGGAGACUCGAUGUAUCCUCCUGCCGCUGGACAGUUUGCAUUUCCUGGGGCACCUGGGGGCUACCCACAAAUGGGUGGUUCAACAUAUCCCCCUGGACAGGCAGGCGGGUUUCCUGGAGCUGGAGGAUUCCCACCACAGCAGGGCCCAGGUGGCUAUCCUGCUCCUGGAGGCUUCCCACAAGGUCCAGCACCUGGAGGCUUCCCACAAGGUCCAGCACCUGGUGGCUUCCCACAAGGUCCAGCACCUGGUGGAUAUCCAGGUUUUCCUGGAGCAUCACCUGGUCAAGGAUAUCCAGCUGCACCUGGAGCACCAGGUUUUGGAGGCUAUCCACAGGCCCCAGGACAAAGCUAUGGAGGAGGCGGAGGACAAAUGCCACAGCCUGGUGGCUAUCCAGGGGGGGCAGUUCCCGGGGGACCAGUUCCUGGCCAACACCCAAUGCCCUCACAGACACAUUUUGGAGGAAUGCAGUUUGGCGAUUAUGAUCUGGCUCAGUGGAAGGAUGAGCAGCCUCAUCCAGGAAUGGGAUUUCAAGCUAAUGAAGGGACAAUUAAACCUUAUCCUCAAUUUAAUGCGCAGAGUGAUGCUGAAAUUCUGAGGAAAGCCAUGAAGGGUUUUGGAACUGAUGAACAGGCUGUUAUUGAUGUGGUUUCCCGUCGCACCAAUGAUCAAAGACAGAAGAUUAAAGCCAUGUUCAAGACGAUGUAUGGCAAAGACUUAAUUAAAGAUUUGAAGUCGGAGCUCAGUGGGAAUAUGGAAGAAGUUAUCCUAGCACUCUUCAUGCCAACCACCUACUAUGACGCUUGGAGUUUAAGGAAUGCAAUGAAGGGAGCUGGAACACAGGAGAGAGUUCUGAUUGAAAUUCUUUGCACCAGAGACAACCAGCAGAUCCGUGAAAUUGUCCGUUGCUACAAUCAGGAGUUUGGCAGAGAUCUGGAGAGGGAUAUUCGUAAAGACACUAGUGGUCAUUUUGAAAGACUGUUGGUGUCCAUGUGCCAGGGGAAUCGAGAUGAAAAUCAGAAUGUUGACAUGCAGAAGGCCCAGGAAGAUGCCCAGCGCUUAUAUCAGGCAGGAGAAGGCAAACUGGGCACUGAUGAGUCGUGCUUUAACAUGGUCCUUGCUACACGCAGCUUUCCUCAGCUACGGGCCACUGUGGAGGCGUAUUCUAGGCUGGCUAAUCGAGACUUAAUUAGUUCCAUCAAUAGAGAGUUCAGUGGAUAUGUGGAAGAUGGACUGAAGGCGAUUGUUCAGUGUGCUCUCAAUCGCCCAGCCUUUUUUGCUGAUCGGCUGUUCAAGGCCAUGCAUGGGAUGGGCACAGACGACUCAACUCUGACAAGAAUCAUUGUCAGUCGCAGUGAGAUUGAUCUGGUGCAAAUCAAGCAAAUGUUUAUGCAAAUGCACAACAAGACCCUACGCAUGAUGAUCGAAGGGGACACUAGUGGAGACUACAAGAAACUCCUGCUGGCCAUUGUUGGACAAUGAAGACCUUUUUUAUAUAUAUAUAUUUUUUUUUAUGGGCCCUUUUCUUCCACAGUGGGUUUAUAUAGUUGCCAGUGUUUCUCUUGUGUAGGACUGUAAACUGGAAAGCCUGGACUUCACCCUCAACAGACUUAACUGUGUAUACUGUUGCUUCUUUGAGGGAUUUCAAUGUUAUUUGAGCUUUCAUCUAUCAUUUCUAAACUAUUAUUUUAACAUGAGUGUGGACCAGUGCCAUUCUAUCAGUUUAGCAUACUAAAACUACAUGGGCCUUGAGGACAGGGUGCUUUUGUCAAGAUGCGUGCAGCUUAGGCAGCCCCUCAGUCGCUACACCAAGUGACCUUCUCACCUGGGAUAGUCUUUAGCUGUCCCAUCCAAAUGUGCACUUAGGGAAAUUUUUAUUUCAAAUAUAGAAAAGCUAUGCAAUUUUCAAAUGUCUAGACCUGAUUGAGUAGCACCCAUCUCGCAUCAUGUAUUUUCUGUGCAUGAUUCAUACUGCAUAAUCUCUGCAUGCUUGUGUCGUUGCUUUUCUAAAACUUAAGCUGUGUUUUUUGCUUAUCUAAUCUUGUUAAAUUUGCCACACUACAGAGAAGCGUUCACAGAAGGGGGACUGACUUAAGAAAAGGGUCAUGGCUUUGUAGGGGGGGGGGUCAUGUACUGACUGCAAAAGGGCAGUACUACUUAUGAAUAAUGGAUUGUUGAUUAUGGGCUGUUAUCUGUACAUCAGAAUAAACAAAACAUUCUUCAUGUUCA